AUGCUCGGUUUCUUGCGGAGCAAGCACCACGAAGCCAGAGAGAUCGUCCAAGAGAUCCGCCGCACUCAUCCCGCUGACGUCCCGGCCCCGCGACAUGAUGGCUAUGAGCCUAUUCCCGAUACCCCAGACUUCUCCUCCCCAGAGCAUACGUCUCAUGGAGUGGCCGAGAUCGAGGCCUUAGCCUCAGUCUGGUCCACCCGGACCCUGUAUACUGGCUACGCACUGGUCUUCAUCAUUUUCUUCGUCAAUUCCCUGCAGCAGCAAACGACCAGCAGUCUGAGUCCUUACGUCUACUCCGAGUUCACCGACCACUCACUCAUCGCCAUGACCAAUGUGCUUACGAGCAUCAUCGGCGGGGUCUCGAAACUGCCGAUUGCCAAGUUGAUUGACAUCCUGGGCCGCCCUGAGGGGUUUGCCGCGAUGGUUGCGCUGUGCACUUUGGGUCUGGUACUGAUGGCAGCCUGCCGUAACGUCGAGACCUAUGUUGCUGCACAGAUCAUAUACUGGGUCGGCUACAACGGCAUGGACUACGUUCUCCACGUCUUCAUGUCCGACACAACCGAGCUCGUGAAUCGAGCCUUCGUCUACGGCAUCGCCUCGUUUCCGUACGUGAUCACCACCUUCAUCGGGCCAGCGGCUGCUCAGUUCCUCUACGAACGCGAUGCACUCUAUUUGGGAUUCGGCAUCUUCGCCAUCCUCACCCCCAUUGUCACCGCACCCCUUCUCCUGCUUCUCUGGAGCACGCGCAAGAAGGCUCAAUCGGCGGGCGUCAUCCAGCCGAAGCCCAAAGACCGAUCUAGGAUGGAGACAAUCAUCCACUACGCGGUUGAAUUCGACCCCAUUGGAAUGAUCCUCAUAACCGCCGGGUUCGUCCUAAUCCUCCUCCCGCUGACACUCGCCACCUCCGGGACCAACAUGUGGAGUACCUCACUCAUGGACCGCUGGAUGGCGCCCGACAUCAUCGCGAUGAUCGUCCUGGGAAUCCUGUGUGUGGUCUGCUUCCUGUACUGGGAGCGAUCGGGCGCACCGGUCUGCUUCGUGCCGUACAGUCGGCUGCGCGAUCCGACCUUACUGGGCGCAUUUCUGCUGGCUUGUGCCAUGUUCAUGAGCUUCUACUGCUGGGACCUCUACUUCUCUUCAUAUCUACAAGUAGUCUUCAACACCAGCAUCCGCGACACAGGGUACAUCUACAACAUCUACAGCAUCGGCAGCUGCAUCAUCUCGAUCCCAGUGGGAAUCCUAAUCCGACGCAUCGGCCGCUUCAAAACACCCGCCCUAGCAGCGAUCCCCCUUUUCAUUGCCGGCACCGCACUAAUGAUCCCCUUCCGCUCGCCAACAAGCCACAUCACCUCGGUGAUCCUGUGUGAGAUCCUGAAGGCAGUGGCAGGCGGGACGCUGGUGAUCUGCCAGGAGAUCGCGGGACUGGCGACGGGCAACCACGAGACGAUCGCGGUGUCGUUUGCGCUGGUUGGGCUGGGAUCGAAGAUCGGGGCCGCCGUUGGCGCCGCGGUCUCCGGCGCCAUCUGGACUAGUACCGUGCCGGUGUACAUCGAGCGGUAUCUCCCCCCGGAGAAAAAGUACCUCGCGGCGGAAUUGUAUGGGUCCAUUGCGAGGGUGUUGGAGUUUGCGCCUGGCACGGAGGAGCGCGAGGCUACCGUUAGGGCGUAUGGGGUGGCGCAGAAGCGUAUGUUGGUUGUUGGGUUGGCGGUUUUGCCGGCUGCUGUUUGGGGGAUUUGUAUGUGGAAGGAUAUUCAGUUGAAGAGGGUGAGGCAGGUUAGGGGGAAUGUCAUUUAG